CUCCCACUUGACGCGAUGACGCACCGCAGGUUUGCGGACGUGGCGGCGGCGUACGGCUCGGAAGGCGGAGACGUUGGCGGCAGAGGCGGAGGCGGAGGCGGAGGCGGAUCGGGUCAGCCAAAAGCCGAUGCUAGGCUAUGAACUUGCUCUGGACAGCGGCGGCGGCGGCGGAACUGAUAGCAGUCUCCUCGAUACGUGCCCCCUGCUAACAGGACAGAUUUUAACAUUAUGGCAGGGAGGCAUCAGAAUCGUAGUUUUCCUCUUCCAGGAGUUCAGUCGAGUGGUCAAGUACAUGCAUUUGGAAAUUGUUCAGACAGUGAUAUGUUGGAGGAGGAUGCUGAAGUGUAUGAGCUUCGAUCCAGAGGAAAAGAGAAAGUCCGAAGAAGUACAUCAAGAGAUAGACUUGAUGACAUUAUCGUAUUAACAAAAGAUAUACAAGAAGGAGAUACAUUAAAUGCAAUAGCUCUUCAGUACUGUUGUACGGUAGCAGAUAUCAAGAGAGUUAACAAUCUCAUCAGUGAUCAAGACUUUUUUGCCCUUAGGUCUAUCAAAAUUCCAGUAAAAAAGUUCAGUUCCUUGACUGAAACACUUUGUCCUCCAAAAGGAAGACAGACUUCACGUCAUUCAUCUGUUCAAUACUCUGCUGAACAACAGGAACUUUUGCCAGCUAAUGAUUCUCUUUCUUACAGUGACUCAGCUGGUAGCUUUUUAAAAGAAGUAGACCGAGACAUAGAACAAAUAGUAAAGUGUACAGACAAUAAGAGAGAGAACCUCAAUGAGGUAGUAUCGGCCUUAACAGCACAACAGAUACGUUUUGAACCUGAUAACAAAAACACUCAACGUAAAGAUCCCUAUUAUGGAGCAGACUGGGGAAUAGGGUGGUGGACAGCUGUAGUGAUAAUGUUGAUAGUAGGUAUAAUAACACCAGUGUUUUAUUUAUUGUAUUAUGAAAUUUUAGCUAAAGUGGAUGUUAGUCAUCAUUCAACAGUGGAUUCUUCACAUUUACAUUCAAAAAUCACACCACCAUCACAGCAGAGAGAUAUGGAAAAUGGAAUUGCUCCAACUAAAGGAAUACACUUUGGCCAACAAGAUGAUCAUAAACUGUAUAGUCAAGAUUCUCAGUCACCUGCUGCUCAACGUGAAACAUAGCAAUUAGCUCAUAAUCAAAUGUUAGUGAUCACGUGCAUCUGGAAUGUGGUGAAUCAGUUAUAUCCAGUAAUCGCUUCAAAGGCAGAAUUUAGAGAGAUUGAGGAUGCUUUUGUUUUUAACAAAAGGGUU